CAUAGAAUAUGUGUCUUUCUUCUCCAUAGGCACUUCUAGAAAUUUCUGAUCUUUCUAGUAGCUAUGGAUCCUAAUAUCUCCUAUCCUAACAAACUUAAAUCUAGUGAAAGUGAUGCCUACAUUUCCCCCUUACAUGAAGUAUUGAGAGGAACGAUAGCCAUGCCGGUGUCAAAUGAUACUUUGUCCUUUGAGUCACUACCAUUAGAUUUACCUUCUGCGGUGAACUCCUCACCUGCCAUCGAUGCACCACCAGAAGGUGCCAUGAUAUCAGUCAAUGAUAGUUCCAUGAUGCCACACCAAAUGAAUGUAGGCCUAGCACCAUUGCCACCACAGUUGUCUGAUACAAUUAGUAAUCCUUUAUCCAUGGUUAAUACCAUAACAUCCCAGUACUACAAUGAGGAAAUCCAUCAGGAUGGAUAUGAAAUGGUCUGGCAUGAAGACAUCCUUUCAAACCCUCUCUCGAAUUAUGUUGACUCAUAUCAUCAUAUGAAUACUUCAUCCAUGGAGUCUCCAUCAUUCACAUCCUCACUCCGAGCAGAUCCAAAUUCUAUUGUUUAUACCCACCUCAACACUACUAGAGCAUUGGAGGAUGGUUCGAUCUCUGAGAUGCCCACCAGGAAUGGCUUCGAGAACAUGCAAAAUGGGAGGCUACGGUAUGACGCUUCUUAUGGUGCACCUGCCCCUAUUUCUCCAUUGAUGAUGUCCUCACAUGUACAAACAGAAGAUAAGACCCCUCCAGUUGGUCCAAAUGGCAUUUUUGAUAGUGCUAUUUUGCAUGAUUCCACAACCUCUGGGAAGUACACUUGCAAGAUUUGCGGUCGCACGUUCAUCACAUCUCAAGCCUAUGGUGGUCACAUGAGUUCACAUGCUAAAGCAAAGAAACACCUACAUAGUUGAUCUUCCCAUGUAGUUGGACAUCCCAUGAUUACAUUCUCGGGAUAAAUAUUUAUACUAGCACCAAAAUGGUUGAAGACUUAGAGGUUCUAUAUCAAGUGGAAGAAAUGUAAUAGAGAUAUUUGUUUUUGGAAACAAAAUACUAAUAGAGUAACAUAAGAGUGAGACUAUGAUGUGAGGGUGUGAAAUAAUAGAAUUGUC